GGAGUCCCCUAUCCAGCUCCAAUAGAGCAAGUAGGGCUGCUCUUGUGCAACCAACACCGCCGCCUCCUCCUCCAUUGAUUCACAGACUUCACAUUCCCCCCACAAAGCAGAGCCACCAGCUUCCACAGUGAUCACAUUAAUAACAACAAUAGUGUGUGAUCGCAGGAGGAGAGAGAGAGAGAGAGACCCGGCCGCCGCUGCUCGUCCUCCGCGGGAUACGUGGAUACAACAGGAGCCAUCCCCGCUGCCUUUUUUUACCCAUCCACGCCUGAUCCUCACCUGUGUUUCUCCACUUUGACAUCGCCAGCUGAGUUUUUUCUUUUUGUUUUUCCGUGCGUGUAACUUCUUGGAUACCUGCGCGUUGUCCUUCUUAAAUGUCGGACUGAAUAUAACUGCUAUGACAGGGAAACUAGCGGAGAAGCUCCCUCUUACCAUGAGCAGUUUAAUAAACACGAUCCCUGACAGUCUCUACCCAGAAGAGGACAUCCCGACGUCAAUGAAUAUUUUCACCAGUACGGAAUCUAUUAACCACUACUCCCAGAUGAACGCGGAUAAUAUCAUGGAUCUGGGCAUGGGAAGCGAGAAGUCAUCGGCAGAGAUUCAGUAUGGAUCCAGCUUCCAGUCCAACCGCAGCGGGCAGACUGUCACCUACCUGGGGAAGUUUGCCUUUGACACUCCUCCGUCUGGUGGCAUCGGGGGCUCCGGCUGGUGCUCUGACAACAAUAUCAUCAGUCUCGUCAGUGCAGGGAUCCUGGGGGUUUCUCCCUCACCCGGCACGGUAACGACGCAGACAUCAUCCUCCGCAGCCGGCAUGGGCGGACAAGUGUCAGACAUGGAGCAGGUCUACGGUCCACCGCUGCCUGCCUAUUCUACCUGCGGUGACCUGUACCAGGAUCAGGUCUCCUUUCACCACAGCCCUGCCACGAGCACGGCUCUAGCCUACCCUGGCAAUGACUAUCACUCCACAUCCAAAGCCUCCAUGGACGGCAGCCUUUUCUCCAUGAUCCCCGACUACAACCUUUUCCAUCAUCAGGGGGACGUUGGGGUGAUGGAGCACAAGCCCUUCCAGAGUAUGGACCCCAUCCGAGUCAACCCUCCUCCCAUCACACCCCUGGAGACCAUCAGAGCAUUCAAAGACAAGCAACAAAUUCACCCAGGGUUCAUGGGUGGGCAGCAGCACCCUCCCCAGCACCACCCACCGCCACAGACGCUCACCCUCAAACCCAUCCGGCCACGGAAGUACCCCAACCGUCCCAGCAAAACCCCGGUCCACGAGCGGCCGCACGCCUGUCCGGCCGAGAACUGUGACAGACGCUUCUCCCGCUCAGACGAGCUCACACGUCACCUUCGCAUCCACACAGGUCACAAACCCUUCCAGUGCAGAAUAUGCAUGCGCUCCUUCAGCCGGAGUGACCACCUGACCACGCACAUCCGCACGCACACAGGCGAGAAACCCUUCUCCUGCGAGUUCUGUGGACGCAAGUUUGCCAGGAGUGACGAGCGAAAGAGGCACGCCAAGGUUCACCUGAAACAGAAGGACAAGAAGCCGAGCGACAAGAGCAGUGGGGCGCCUGGGAGCCACAGCUCGCCGCCCAGCUCCUGUGGGGGGCCGACAGUGGGAACGUCAUGACCGUCACUACGUGCACUUGGACUGAGCCCUCACCAUGCCCCAUAAAAGAGACUUAUGAAGAAGGGAUCACGUCCACUAUGAGAUAAAUAGGUGACUUUUCCCCUCUCUUUUACAUCCCGUGCUCCUUUUAGUUGUAGUCCUUCUAUUUUGAGAUGGAUGCCUUUAGUUUAAUUAAAGCGGAGGAAGGCUGCUACGCCAUUCUCUUUCAAGCAACUCAGAGCCUCAGCUACUGUAACACAGUGCCACCACAAAGAAGGGCACAUUGGCACGCACUGCCCCAAAAGCCCACUGUGUGUGUUAGGUUUCAGGGGUGGAUACACUUUUGUAAAUUUUGCCGAGAAUUUUAAAUUGGGAGGAAGCCAGAAUCCAUCACAAGGGUCGAACAGACAAAAUAAUAAAUGGAGCUCAGUGGGAGGUAUGCAUUAAUGAUAUUAGGCUGUUUAAAAGUGCAAUUGGUUUUAUUUGUGUACUGUCAUUGAUACCUUAUUAGUGGCACUUGACUGUCUUUCUGAUGUUUUUGUUGAGGUGUAGUGUUUUUAAUUUUCUAUUUGAAUGUUGUUUUCUCCACAGAAUCUGCCAAAUGUAUUGUGUUGAUUCAGCCAACUUGGUUCUUAAUAUUGUGCCUGAUGUUUGCCAAACCUAAAAGUGAUAUCAGCUUAGCACACAUGUUGAGUUCGAGGGGAGAUCAGACUCAGACAGCGGAUCUCCGAUUUAGAGUUAGAGUUGGAUUUGAAGAAUUUGGUUGGAUCUAAUUGACUGAAUGGGUCGCACGAAAAACAAACCAAUGUCUUGUCCUGUUACCUGUACUUAUAAAAACAAACAUGCCUGCAGCAAUCAAUGCCUUUGCCAAGACCUAUUUAUUUGUAGUCACAGAGAGACACUGUGUAUUUGUGUUGCCUUAUUAUAUGAUGGCUUUAUGUGGUGUUACCGGAUAUCAUUUCUGUUGCUUUUUUUUAAAGCUCACCAAUAACGUUCAUUUGUUCAGUUUUCUUGAGUUCUGCAGUUGUAUGCAAUAUAUUCAUGACAUGUGCCACCGACCCGUAAAUCAAAUUAACUAAGAGCACAGUUAGACAGACUGAACUACUUAAAUAAACGACACCGGUUUGCAAAUCAGCAGCAUAUGAGAGCAAAGAUGAAUAAGGGAAAAAAGAUGAAUGAGGCCCUUUGUCUGUGCUUUCUAGUGUAAAAAGAUUUAACUACUUGUUUAAAUGACCAAAAGAUGAGCAACAUAUGGUGAGAGAAAAAUUCAAAUUUCCAAAUCCAUGUUUACAUAUUUUCUAAUACAGAGACUGAGACUGAGUUGUAAACUAGGAGGACUUGUUUUUGUACAGUAUACAAAUAUGUAUGCAGGUAGCUAUAGUAGAAGUUUCCCUUUUGUACUCAAAUGUCAAAUGCACCAUAACUCAGUAUUAAAUUGUGCAUAUUUGUGCAUGACUCCAUGCACACUAUGUAAAUACAAAUGUCUGCAUAAACAAGAAUUUUCAAUUGACUGAAUGCUUGUGCGGAAUGUGUCUCAAAGCUUUUAGUAAUGUAGUUAUAAUACAGAAUAUUUUGUUGUUAUAGAAAAAAAAAAUUGGAGCACUACAAUUGUGCCAAAUAUGGUGUGUUAUCUCCAUUAAAAAAGAACAAUAGCAGUUGCACCAUCUGUAACGCUUUAACGUGGUAAAAGGAAGCACUAAUGUGUUCUCUGAAUAAAUGAGAAGAUUUUUUUUAUUA